GAGGAAAACGGGACGUGAAAGGGAGGGGUGAGGAAAGAGAAGGGACCGUGGUGGAGGAAGUUGUCGGUCGCCAGCAUGGCAGAUGCCGCAGCGGAGAAGGCGACGGAAAACGGCGGCUUUGAGACACGGCGGCUGACGGCUAAUGAAAAGUUGAAGUACGCCAGCCUGGCGGUCCUGGUGAUCCAGAACGCCUCGGUCAUCCUGUGCAUCCGCUAUGUUCGCACAUUACCCGGGAACAAGUUCUUUUCCACUUCUGCGGUUGUGAUGGUGGAACUCGUCAAACUCGGAACGUGCCUGAUUCUGAUCCUCGGACAGAAAAGAGGCAACCUCAAGGAGCUCAUAAUCUACCUAUACAACGGCCUGGCCGUGCAAUACGUGGACAUGCUCAAAAUGGCAGUUCCUUCGUUGAUCUACACCCUCCAGAACAACCUGCAGUACGUGGCGAUCUCGAACCUGCCCGUUGCCACAUUCCAGGUCAUGUACCAGUUCAAAAUCCUGACCACGGCCCUGUUCUCCGUGCUGAUGCUGAAGAAGAGCCUCUCGCGGCUGCAGUGGGCGUCGCUGGUGAUCCUCUUCGCAGGCAUCGCUGUCGUGCAGGUGACGCAGGAGGAGAGCCGGGCCGGCAAGGACCGGGCGCCGGGCCAGAACUACCUGGCGGGGCUGGGGGCGGUGAUGGUGUCGUGCGUCUCAUCCGGCUUCGCCGGCGUCUACUUCGAGAAGAUCCUGAAGGGGACUUCCGCCUCGGUCUGGCUGCGCAACGUGCAGCUGGGCAUCUUCGGCACGCUGCUGGGCCUGCUCGCCAUGUGGUUGAAGGACGGGCAGGCCAUCGUCGAGCGGGGACUCUUCUUCGCCUACACGCCCAUGGUCUGGUGCAUCAUCUUCAACCAGGCCCUCGGCGGGCUCCUGGUGGCCGUGGUGGUGAAGUACGCGGACAACAUCCUCAAGGGCUUCGCGGCCUCGCUCUCCAUCGUCAUCUCCACCGUGGCGUCUGUCUACUUCUUCGGUUUCAGUGUCGACCUCUACUUCAUGCUGGGUGCGGGCCUGGUGAUUGGCGCUGUGUACUUGUACAGCCUGCCCAAGGCCCCCCCGCCUGUCUCCCUCGCCAAGGAGCCUGACACGUACAACACAAAGUUAGUCAUCAAGUGAAGGCAAAGGAAUCAAAUCCACAUGUUGUCCGGCCAGGCGCACUCGCUCACUCCCUCUUUCUUCAUGGCUUGUCUACUCUUUGCCUGUGCUUCCUCCCUCUGUCUCGCUGUCUCUCUCUCUCUCUCUCUGUCUGAUUCUCUCUGUGUGUCACGUGCUCUCUCUCUGUGUGUCGCGUGCUCUCUCUCUGUGUGUCGCGUGCUCUCUCUCUGUGUCGCGUG